UAUCACUUGUUUCCUCAAAAUUAUAGUUUUCCAUACUCAUAACUUACAUUUUUAACCUGUAGUUGUAAGUCAGAGUAAGUGGGCUCGUUGUGGCAACUUGUCUGCUCUAUGCAUUUGGCACUAACAGAUUAAUUGUAAAGUUCUGGAUUUUUACCAUGAAUACUUCUUCAAUGUGAACCAAAAGAGUCCUAGUGCCAGUUAAACAUUUUCAAGAGUGAGUUUGCUGUCGAGAUAAAAUUAAUGUACAAUACUUUCAGAUUUACAGGAUAGUUGCAUUAGCUUGUUGUGCAGCCUGAAUGAAGGGUUGUGACUGUUUUGGCAUUGUGUUCGUAAUACUGCCAUGUUACUACUUGAGAGAGACUUUUGAGAUUACUCCUGACCAGCCUGUAGUUUUCCAGAGUGUACAUGUAUGUCAUGUUAUGAAGCAAUGCAGAAUUGCUCUAGUUCCAUUUUUCAACCAGGUGCUACAGCAGCAAGUCAUAAAGAUUUGCAAAGUCCAGCUUCAAAUAUGGGUCUACCUUCAGUUUCAUCAUAUGUACAUGGCUAUCACAACACACAAAGUGCUUAUAAUCACAUUAAUACGCUCUUGAUGUCUACAUCGCCUAUGAAUCAGCAAGGCUAUUAUGAGGAGAAGGGUACUGUGCCUCACUUAGCAGAACAGACUUCAUGUGGUGGUUUGUAUCACACACAGCUGCUGCCACACCAUCCAUUUCACCAUUGUCCUCAUGUUACAAAUGGAAAUAGUAUUGUUCAUGUAAACAAAGACAGAGGUGGCCCAGGGAGUACUGUUAUGUCUAGUGGGUUUCUGCAGAGGGAUAAGUGGCAACCUUCAGUGCCUACAAAAGAGGAGGACAAGAAGCAGGCUAUGGAUGAAAUUCCACAAGAUAUUUCCAGCAGGAAACAGACGCAGGAAGAAAAAAGCUGUGAUGGAGCCAGUGUUAAUUCCAAUGACGAAAUCAAUCAAUCUGGAAAAAACACCCCAAAGUCAAAAGCUGAUAAAAAUGAUAAGACAGCCCAAGAAAAGAAAGUGAAUGAAGAUGUUUACUCCCAAAGCUCAACAUUAAAUAAAGUGGAUACUGCCGGACUGAAAAAAAAGAAACCAAGGUCUAUGGGUUUGACUUCCCUUGAACGGAAAGAACAUCACUUGGACAAGGAAAAGAAAAGGAGAGAACGAAUCACAAAGUCGUGGCACUGGUUGCGGCAGCUUGUGCCAAACUGUGAUCCAUAUGCAGACAAGGCCACUGUAUUUGAGAUGUGUGUAGCAUAUUUUCACCACUGCUGGAAUUACCAUGGUCCCCUCUUACAACAGAUCAAUAAGGAUUUUUCAUCACUGAAUAAAGUCACCAUUUCCUUAGAGGACAUGGAGAAGAAGGUUAUGGAAGUUCUUACGAAUGAAAGAAAUGCAUUUGGAAGUAAGGAAGAGCAGUCAUGAAAACUUGUGUAGGCAGGACAUUUAAUUUUCCAUAGUAAAUGUUUGCUGUAAUCACUUGCUUUUGAAAAGUCUUGACAUGUACAGAAAUCCACUAUUAUUAAUUAAUUUUUACUUAAUAUAACAACACCAACAACAAAACUAGUGGCAGCAGGAAGAAUUGUAACAAAAUGUUUUGUAAACAAAAUAGUGGGAAAUCAAAAGGGCAGGCCAAUAACUACAAAUCAAUAAGUUUCAACGGUCUGGUAUUACAUUUUCUUGUUGUUUACAGUUCGAUUAAUUUUUUAGUUCCUAAUUAUUUAUCUAAGACCUUUUGGGAAAUAAUAAAAUAUUGAUGUUUUUCAUUUG